GGCGGGCGCAAGGAGGCGUGAUGCGGCCGUGACGUGGGUUGAGUCGGGGAUCUUUAAUCCUCUGCCGCAGCAGCCCAGCCGGUCACCGGAGGAGGGGGGCAGCGAGGGUUCGGACAGGAAUGGGUCGAUCAGGAAGGGUCAGCAGGCCGAAACGGUUCGGUGUUUAGGUGGAUGAGUCCGCCGAGAGGAGCGGAGAUCACGACAGAACGAGGCGAGGAUUUCUGCCUAGGCCUGACCCCCUCCAGCCAAUCCGCUCCCCAUGAAAGGACCACACACAGAUAAACGGCUGCUUUAAUACAUCUAUAUAUUCAUUUUGAACGCAUUUUUAUUAGUAUUAGUAGAUUAGUCUGCGUAGGGAUCCUGCGCCUCGCCCUGCCGACACUUUCCUGUGCGUAAUUCCUUCCUCGGUUCGCCCUUCAGAAGCGUCGCCGCGUCCCGUUUUUCCUGUCAGCUGCUGUGCAUCAGCACAACAUGCAGGAUGAGCCUGUGGGGGUGACAGCCGCGCACUUACCCCCAUCAGCCGAAGAGGACGAGCGCAGCAGCAGCGGCGGCAAAUCCGCAAAGCAGACGGAGAGCCAGCGGAGCUCCUUCUCCUCGGAUUACAGCCACCUAACCCAGAAGAUCGCUUUCCCCGAACAUUUCUGCCCGCCGCAGUCCCUCUGUGACCUUCAGCACUACCGAGGCGUCCAUCAGCAGUUAGAGUCGCCCCCACCGCAGACGCGUUUCAGUCACCUGCAGCCUUUCUCCGGCGCUGCUGCUGCUGCUGAAGCCGAUGCUGUGACGCCAUCGCCUUCCUCUGUGAACCUGAACAAGCUCCAGAUGGACUCCCCCAUCGCCCACCAUUUAAAUAACGGCAAUGGCAGCAGCAGCAGCACCGGCAGUAUGCUGUCCGGGGGGCUGAGCGCCGCUUUCCCAAACCUCCCCGGACAGGAGGUGCAGAGCGCCAGCGGCGGCCCUUCCUCGCCCUCCCUCCCCGGGUUUGGCACCCCUUGGUCCGUGCAGACCAGCUCCUCUCCGCCUCCUACAGCCAACUCCAUCAACCCCAUCCACGCCAUCGGACAGAUUCCCAGCGCGGACUCUGAGAACAGCUUCUACCCGGGCAUCCCUUCAUCCAUCAAUCCGGCCUUCUUCCAGAGCUUUUCCCCGGUGUCGGCUAAUCCGUGCGCCGGGAUUAACGUGCAGGGCUUCAGCGGGCCCUUCUCGCCUCAGAUGAACGUUCCUCAGCAGCCGCAGAGCCGCAGGUCACCGGCCAGUCCCCAGAUGCACCCCCACCAGGGCGCCUUUCUGCAGCAGAGGAACAAUUACAACCAACACCAGCCUAUGGUGAAACCAUCCCCGUGGGGGAACCAUCAGGGGAAUGGCUGGGGUUCCGGGGGGAUGUCCUGGGGCCGGGACCACCGCAGAGGGAGUGGCAUGGGCGUGCCCGGCUCAGUCAGUCACAUCUCCCCGCUGAAGAAGCCCUUCUCCAGCAACGUCAUCACUCCCCCAAAGUUCCCGCGCUCUGGAGGAUCGCUGGGACCCAAGUCCUGGAUGGAGGAGAACAUGUUUCGCACAGACAGCAACAGCAACACCAUGUUGCCCCUGCAGGACCGCUCCAGAAUGUACGACAGUCUGAACAUGCACUCCUUGGAGAGCUCUCUGAUUGACAUCAUGCGAGUGGAGCAGGAUCCAAUGAAAGGCCGUGUGGGCUGCCCUAACCCCGGGGCCGACGGUCUUCUCAUGCUCAAUGCCAGGAGCUAUGGGAGACGUCGAGGCCGCUCCUCCCUUUUCCCGAUUGACGACAAUCUCCUUGACGAUGGCCACGGCAAUCAGGGUGUUCCAGGUGUCCUUGGAUCCCCAAACUGUUACCCCCAUCAGAACGGGGAGCGCACCGAGCGCUUCUCCCGUAAGGUUUUUGUGGGGGGGUUGCCUCCUGACAUAGAUGAAGAUGAAAUCACCUCAAGCUUCCGUCGCUUCGGUCACCUGGUGGUUGACUGGCCACACAAAGCUGAGAGCAAAUCCUACUUUCCACCUAAAGGAUACGCCUUCCUGCUGUUCCAGGAGGAGAGCUCGGUGCAGGCCCUGAUUGAUGCCUGCAUGGAGGAGGAUGGGAAGCUCUACCUGUGUGUUUCCAGCCCCACCAUUAAGGACAAACCUGUGCAAAUCAGACCCUGGAACCUGAGCGACAGUGAUUUUGUGAUGGAUGGAUCUCAGCCUCUCGAUCCCCGUAAAACCAUCUUUGUGGGAGGCGUCCCUCGACCCCUGAGAGCAAUUGAGCUGGCCAUGAUCAUGGACCGCCUCUAUGGUGGAGUUUGCUACGCAGGAAUCGACACAGACCCAGAGCUCAAGUACCCCAAAGGGGCGGGGCGGGUGGCCUUCUCCAAUCAGCAGAGUUACAUCGCUGCCAUCAGUGCGAGAUUCGUCCAGCUGCAACACGGCGAUAUUGACAAGCGGGUGGAGGUGAAGCCCUACGUCCUGGACGACCAGCUGUGUGAUGAGUGCCAGGGCGCCCGCUGCGGGGGCAAAUUCGCUCCCUUCUUCUGCGCUAACGUCACCUGUCUCCAGUACUACUGUGAGUUCUGCUGGGCUAACAUCCACUCCCGUGCAGGGCGAGAGUUUCACAAGCCCCUGGUGAAGGAGGGCGCCGACCGUCCGAGGCAGAUUCACUUCCGCUGGAAUUAGCGGCUGCACGUCCACCAUGGCGGUCAGAGUUAAGGGAAACACUGGCUGAUGGGAAAAAGAGCCUCACUCUGCCUCUCCUGCUAACCUAAGCUAUCAGUAUAAUCGAGUGCGUAACACUAUACAAUAUAUACUAGCUACAUAUAGCUAUAUAUCUUUUGUAGCAGCCAAACACCGCAAGCCUCAGUUUUUCACCAAAACCCCCCCUCACAUCUCAGGCUCUGACAACUCUACAACUCUUUUAUGGUACUUUCAUCUUUUUCUAAGAGGAGAUUUAAAAGUAAAAAUAAGAAAAAGAGAUUGAUUUUUGUAGCUUUUUUUAUUAUUAUUAUUAUUACAAUUAUUUUUAUUUUUGUAUGUGAGAUCUAAGUAGAUACGGGAAUGUUUUUUGCAUGGGGGGCAGCUCGUCUGUCUGUCUGUCUGCUGCUAGCAACCACACAGUGUGUUCAGCGCACACCAGUUUCUAGGAGAAAAAAAAAAAUCUCUAACUUCGACUCGUGCCGCAGGGGAUUAACCAAAGGUAGCAUAACGAUAAGAAAGCUCAAAAACUGACACACUGUCUGCCGCGGAAACAAGCGUGACUUUCUAACGCUAUCAUGGGCUUUUUUUGUUUUAUUUUUUAGAGUUUAUUGAAAGGAAAGAAAAAAAUAGGGUUAUUUUUUUCUGCUCAUUCUAACCUGUAGAGCGAUACCUCAAAAUACUAAAUCUGGUUUCCGCUAACAUUUAUACUUAAAAAAAAAAGCUAUUUUAGAAGCUUUGCUGCUAUAUAUAAAUAUAUAUGAAUAGAUAUGUAGGUGUUAUAUUUAAACCCAAAAUCAUGUAAAGUGAAAUGCAGUAUGCACACAACCACUUAACGGCGCCACCGAAAGAAUUAAAGUGCAUGCAAUCACAACAGGCUUCUAGCUGCAGGAGUAGCAUGCAGAAUAUGACGUGAGAAAGAGAAAUAAACCAAAACACUAAAAUCUUAUUUAAACGCUUAAAAACUGAGAUUCUUUACUGGGUAGCAUGAUCAUCAAUGACAGAUUCCCAAGUGGGGAAGCAUAAAAUAAAAAAUAAAAAUCAGAGGAGGUUAAGAAAAAAAAAAAAACGUACAUAAACUUGCAUGCUUCGAUGUUUCUUUGUUGU